AUGGUUGUUACAACCCGACGAGGCACGCGGGCUCAACAGGCUCCUGAACGGACAAUACUCCAGCUCGAGCGCGAUCAAGUUGCAGCUGGUAUGAAUAUGGACUGGCUUCCACAGGGCACCCGCCCCAAUCUGAACAGCAGAGGCAUCGUUAAUGGAGGUAACCUAUGUUACCAAUCAGCUCCUUUACAAGCGCUUUUGCAUCAGCCACCAUUUUUACAGUUCAUUUCUCAGCAUGAUCCAGCCGUGUGUCCGGUUGACAAUUGCUUGAAGUGUUUUCUCCAGCAGCUCGUUGAGGAAUAUUGGGGCCCUACUUUCACUUAUAGAGCUAUCCGCGCGGCGGACGAUCCACAUGAUAUCGCCGUUAUGUCGCACGAAGAGCCUGGUAAUAGGUUCACUCCGAACGAACAGGAAGAUGCUCAUGACUUUUAUACCUGGGUGCUUGAUGCACUCUCACGAGAUGCACCGAACCGAGACUGGCUUCCUAGACUUCACACCCUCUAUCGUAUCAACAUUCAAGCGAGUGAUACAUGCCGCACAUGUGGCUAUGUUACGAACCCGCCCAUGGAUACACCUACGACGCUCGAUGUCGGCGUGCUACCCAAAUACACUGACAUCCACCAAGCCAUCACAGAUACGCUGCAUCACGACAUUCCAGGUAGACAUUGCCGCCGCUGCCGACAAAACCGCAACUUCAGCCGCGACUGCGAAAUCGUAGCUGCGCCCAAGAUUCUUGUUGUAAUGUUCAGAAUUCUUGUCUACCCGUCCAAGAUCACGCACCCAAUUCCGUGUCCUGAGGAUCUUGAUCUCACUGCAUACCAGCAGGUGCGCACACUUCCAUUGAGGUAUCGACUUUCGAGCUUGGUGUCGCAUGGAGGAGGAGGAGAAGACGGAGGACACUAUAUUGCUACUGUACGAGGGCAGAACGCUGGCACUUAUACGUGCAUCUCGGAUGCUGCUAUGAUGCCCGUCACACAUGCGGAGUUCCUAGCGAAUCCACAGAGACCUACGGGCUUGACGGACUAUAACCAGCUGCAGGUAUAUCUGUUGAGUUAUAUCAGAGAUGACGAAGGGAGGGCAAUGCCAGCUGCUCCUACGGGGAGGAAGGGGUAUAAAGGGCGAUUGCGGAGAGAGUUGAGGAAUUUGAUGUGA